AUGGAUACAGAAGCGAAAGAAGAGGAAGGUGGAUCACAAAUACCACCAUCAAAACGUUUCAGACGUGAUGAUAAUGUUGAUCCGACUAAUCCAGAUCCAUCAAUAGUUGUUCAUGUCCGGAAUUUAAGUCCGAAAGCUACUGAAGCUGAUUUAUUGGAAGCAUUAUCGCAUUUUGGUCCUAUAUCAUAUGCUACUUGUAUGCCAGGAAAACGAAUGGCAUUAGUGGAAUUUGAGGAAGUUGAAGGUGCACGUUCAUGUGUCGUUUAUGCACAGACGAAUCAAAUUUAUGUUGCCGGGCAAGCGGCUUUAUUCAAUUAUUCUACAUCUAAAAUGAUUCAACGACUGGGACUUGAAUCGGAGACACCGAAUCAUGUGCUUAUAUUGACCAUUUACAAUGCUCAGUAUCCUAUUAACGUUGAUGUCAUUCAUCAGAUAUGUGAACUGCAUGGUUUUGUGAGACGUAUUGCUAUGAUACGUCGAACAAUGUUGCAAGCAUUGGUUGAAUUUGAAAGUGCGGAAAUAGCGAAAAAGGCGAAACAUGCGAUGAAUGGCGCUGAUAUAUACUCUGGAUGCUGUACUCUCAAAGUUGAAUUUGCUAAGCCAGAACAUGUGAAAGUGACUCGGAAUGACAGUGAUCAGUGGGAUUACACGAAGGCGCCACAAUCAGGUUGUUUAUUUAAAUGUUAA